AUGCUUUCCGCAACUGCCAAGCUCACAUAUUCACCUGACAAAACACUAGCUGCUACUGAACAUACAGAUGGUCAGAUUUCAGUCUUAAGUUCUACUGCUUUUCCUGCAGCAUUAAAACCAACAAAAUACAAGCAACAAACAAACAAACCGUCUGAUAAAAUGAACCGUUUUAUGAAUCUUCGUAAACCUUAUACUCAAAUGUACUUGAAUAAUGCUAAAAGACAUUCACAAACUGAUGAACAACUAGAAAUAAAGUUAUUGAGUACCGAGCUUGCUGAAUUUAUCUGUCAUCGACUACCCGAUCCGUGCGCUCGUGCUGCUUAUCUUCGUCAGCAUGUUAGACACGAUAUGUGCUUUCGUUUGCCUUUAUUGUAUCUUCUGCCACAUACGGAUUUUCGUUUGGAUAAACCAUAUUUGUCUGAAUAUAAAUCUGGAACAUGUAAAGGAAGUCUGUCUCGGUUAACAUAUUUGCCUUCAGACAGCUCUUUUGAACAGUUUCUAACACCAGCUUCUGCAUGUGAACACAGUUUACUCUCACUAAAGAAAAUAAUGGAUGAUAAACUACGUUCACAUUUCGGACCGUAUGAUUCCCGUCCCAAUGUAACCGGAGAAUGUCAGUGUCAGGAGUGCCAAGAAGCGUAUAAGAAUUGGUUUUGUGCAACAGAAUUCCCUCUGUACUAUCCAUUGGAUGAUUUAGAUCUGAAUAUACCUUCACUUCGUAAAUCAAUAGGUUCUGGUGUUAAUUUACAUCAACCUCAUGUAAAAACUUCCGAUCGAUUUGAAAAUUCCAAACUCUCCACUCUUCAGAUAAAUGACCCUAUACCUUUAAAUAGAUCAUCAUCGUCAUUAUCUGUGCCUUCAAGUAUACAAUUAACAUCAGAAAAUGUGGGCACUUAUCAACAUUCUACCCCUACAGAAUUUCAUACAGUCUCUUAUCCAGUGUUCCGACUUGAAAUUGUACAACCCUGUAUUUCUUGGUGUACUCAGGUUGAAACUGUCUGCCCAUAUUUAAAUCCUGCCGACUCUACCUCAAAUGGUGGUGAACCUGCAUUUUUGUGUGAUGAGAGCCAUUACCAUCACAGUUCAAGAUAUCAAGCUGUAUACCGAGAUAUGAAUACUUGUGAAUCUGAAUGUUGUUUCGGUAUAUCAGAUUCAAAUCUUCUCUCUGUAUCCAUUCCUGAAAGGAGACAAUACCCUUUUCUCUCGGAUAUACUUUUAUCUUAUACAUCUAAUAGCAAUGAUGAAUUGAAUAAUCAUAAUCAGUCAUGUAGUCAACUUCGUGAUCGUUGUCUUCAUCGAUUAUUAUCAUUGGAAUCAUCAUUAAUACCGGAAUAUCCUGAUAUAUUAGAUCAAACUUCAACAGUAUGGAAUUAUAAUGUUAAUAUUUCUAGAAAUGAUUCCAUGAAUAAUUUAUCUCCUUCAUCUUUAUUUCAUCAAUCAUCGUCUAGUGUUAUCGUGAAGAUUAAUAAUAUUUCUUUUGGAAUUAUACUCAUCAUCUCAUUAACUUUUUAUUGCUUUAUAUGGUUGAACAAUAUACAAGAUUUAAUUGAUACUUGUAGAUUAUUUCCUGUUUGGCAUUAUAUCUACCGUUUGAUGACUACUACAGCUAGUGUGGAUAUUAUAAAAAAUAAACAGCAUAUUAGAAUGCAUACUUGUAUUCUUUUGGAGUCCUUGAAACAAUACCGAUGUGAAAUAUCUCCAAUAAUCAUGAUAUCAUAUUUCUUGAUAGAUUAUUCUACAUUAUCAUAUAAUCUGCUUUAUUAUUAUUAUUAUUAUUAUUUUCUAUACUCAUAUUCAUGUCGAACAUGUUAA